AGACACAGGAGAAACAGCAGAGAACAAGAACAGUUGAAAAAAACUGGAGGAAAAAAAGUGGAAAAAAAACAGCUGACCAAAGCAUGGAGGAAAUCGAUUCGGUCCUAGUGGACAACGUGAAGUCGUUUGCGGCAGGAGGAUUUGGCGGGGUGUGUGCAGUGCUCACGGGCCACCCGUUUGAUUUGACAAAGGUGCUUCUGCAGACGAACGAGUACCCGUCGGCAGCCAAGGCGGUCCGGGGCAUUGUGGCGCACGACGGCCCGCUCGGGCUCUACAAGGGCGUGACGUCGCCGUUGCUCGGGGUGACGCCGAUGUUUGCCGUGUCGUUCUGGGGAUACGACCUCGGGAAGCGGUUGGUGAUGGGCUCGAGGGGCAAGUCGCCGGACGUGCCCUUCACGAUAGCCGAGAUCAGCGCCGCAGGCUUCUUCAGCGCCAUCCCGACGACGCUCAUUGCGGCGCCGUUCGAGCGCAUCAAGGUGGUGAUGCAGAUCGACAAGACGCAGGCGACGUUCCUGCAGACGGUGCGCACGUUGUACAAGCAGGGCGGGCUCCGCUCGAUCUACAAGGGCUCCGCCGCCACCUUGGCCCGGGACGGGCCCGGCUCCGCUGCGUACUUCGCCACGUACGAGUACGUGAAGAAGCACUUGAGCGGCGGCAGCGACGAGCUCUCCCUCGGCGCCAUCACCGUGGCCGGCGGCUGCGCCGGCGUCGCCAUGUGGACGGCAAUCUUUCCUGUCGACACCAUCAAGAGCAUCCAGCAGUCGUCCACCGUGAAGACCACCAUGUCCGAGGUCGCCCGCACUAUCUACCGCUCGAAGGGCGUCGCCGGCUUCUUCCCGGGAAUCGGGCCCGCCUUGGCCCGCUCGUUCCCGGCCAACGCCGCCACCUUCCUUGGCGUCGAGCUUGCCAAACACGUCAUGUCCUGAUCCUGACCUUCUCUACCUAUCUAUUUGUCACUCCAUCUGUGUACCUCCUAUACAUGCCGAACAACUAACCGCGAUUACGUCAGCGCCGGCCUCCUAUCCCCUCGGGAACGCGGGAAAUGUCCCCACUGCCGUUGGCACAUGCCCUUUCCUUCAGACAUGGAGAUGGUGAUGUCUCCGUUUGCAG